AUGAAAGAAUGUGAGGAGGGAGGUGCAGUCAGCUCAGAUGUUCCACUUAUUCCAGCUGCGGCAGCAGACGUGACCCCCAAUGGGUAUUCUGCGGGAAGGGCACCCCUGGAGUUAGCCCACUCAGUACACACUGCAUCUGUGGUCCUGCUUAACCCGAGUAGGGAUGCUGAGCUCAGGGCAAACUGGAAAAUGGAAGUAAACUUGCUGUACAGUGUGGAGGAGCACGACCCUGGGGUUGGGGUGGUGGCUGCCGAAGGCACAGAAUGGAGGACACGGGUGCCCAGAAAUCAAAGAGCUGCCUUCAGGGACUUCAGCAAAAGGGAUAAUUCACCAGCACAUAUAACUGGAAGUUCAGGGGCUUCACACACUGCUGGAUUCGGGUGCUUCGACCCAUCAUCAGGACUCAGCUCUCAGAGUUGCUUUGCCUCUGUGGCUCUCCCUACCCCCGAGAGUGGCAGGAUGGCUACCGGCAUCCUUAGGGUCACACUGGAACAGGUUUCCUCCAGGACUGUGGAGUUUGUUUUACAGCCACAUGUGGAUAAAAAACUAAGGGCCACAGAGCAAAGGACAGGUGUGAUGGCAACACUGGAAAAGCCACACAGUUCAGCCUGUGGGAGGAAGAGGAGCAGCAGAACCUGUGUGGAGCCUGACAGAACCCAAGACACCACUCAGGAACUGAGAGGUCUUUCAAGAUCAAACACAGUUCCACAACAGAUUCUGUCUUCUUGCUUCUCAGCAGGAGUUCCUCCAAGCUCUGUACGCCGUGUGGAAAACUCAGGUGUUCUGUCUCUGCCGGGAUCUUCCUCCUGCUGCUUAUUUAAGGGUCUGCUGCUUUGGGGCCUCAAGUGCCUGCUUUAUCUCUCCUUUAUUACCAAGUUCCACUCUAAGCAAUUUGCUAAGACAGAGAAUCUCACUGGCCUGGUUGGCCUGAGCCUUCCUUCACUGGCUGACCAACCAGGAAGUCGGCUGCUGCCCGGAUCAGGUGUGUGCCACAGUUCAUCCAGCCCUGUGCCCAGAGCUCUAGGGUUACGGGCAAGACCCUGUGUGUGGGCAGAGGCUCUUAGCAGGGGCCGAGAACACUGUAGGCAUCUUGAGGGCCAAUCCCCAGCCCUAGGUCACAGAUACAGCAUGAUCAAAAUGUGAGGGGGCAGGGGCAGAGAUUAUUUGAAUAAUGUGUUGAAUUUGAUCAUUUUUGACGAUUAAAAGCUGUAUGUCCCUCUGAUGCCAUGCAAGUACUCCAGAGGAGCCACUUGGGACACAGAAUCAACGAUGGAUGCUUGGUGUGCAUUGCAAGAUGGUAGUGUAUUUGUGGGACUCUACAGGGAGAGGAAUAUGAAGACUUGAUAAGAGAUGGUGAGUAUGUAUCCGUGAGGUAGAUAACUCAUUAAUAAGGGACUUUGCAAGGUGGCAACUCUGGUUCAAAGAGGUUAUGAGAACAGAGUUUGUGUACUCAGAACAAAAAGGAAUGCUGACGUAAGAUCACAAAGUGAGAUACAAAACUGGUUAAUGUGCUACAGGGCAGCAAAACUUUAACCUUUGGCGUAAAUUUUCUGACGAAAUAGGAAUCAUUUGUCUCUCUGCAGAAUGGAAAAACAUUUACUUCUUCUUCUCGUUUUUUGAGACAGUGUCUGGCUCUGUUCCCCAGGCUGGAGUGCAGUAGCGUGAUCUUGGUUUACUGCAACCUCCACCUCCUAGGCUCAAGCCAUGCUCCCACCUCAGCCUCCAGAGUAGCUGGGACUACAGGCGCAUGCCACCAAGCCCAGCUAAUUUUUGUAUAUUUUGUAGAGAAGGGGUUUUGCUGCCGUGUUGCCCAGGCUGGUCUGAAACUCUUGAGCUCAAGCCCACCUCAGCCUCCCAAAGUGCUUGGAUUACAGGCGUGAGCUACCAAACCCAGACAGCACUUAUAUUUUUAAAGUUUCUACACAGUACCAUCUAAUGUGAUUUUGUUUUGUUUAUUUUUUUUAAUCGAUAUGGGAAUCUUGCUAUGUUGCCCACACUGGUCUUAUAAACUCCUGGCCUCAAGCAGUCCUCCCAUCUUGGCCUCCCAAAGUGCCAGGAUUACAGGCAUGAGCAAGGGUUCCUCGCCUAACUAAUUUCAGAGUUAAGAAUGUUUGGAGUCUAUUUUUAUGGUGAAAAAGUAAGUCAAAGUUACCUUCCCCUAGAUAGCCAAAUGCCUUUCAGAUGGGCUUGUUAGACAUUGCUUUAAUUUAAUAUGGAAAGGACUUUUCACAUCCCCUUCUCCAAGUUUCAAUAAUUCUUAACAGAGGGAAACAGCAACAAAAUUUUGCUGCAGUGGGUAUUAAAGAAGGGGAAACAGUCAUGAAUGCUGGAGUCAAAAUGCCCAAGGGCGUAGGCACCAGGGUUCUCUCCCUGGCUUGGCUGCGCACCAGCAUUGCGACCUGGAAUCUGAUCUCACUGGAGCUCAGCGUCCUCGUCUAUAAAAUGAGCUAUUGAACUACACACUUGGCAGGUCUUUGCCCUAAAGGUCAUUUUCAAAAUAAAUAAUUAUGCCACUUCCCUUUUCUCACAUUAACCCUAAGAGAGAAAGAGGAAGCGGGAAGCCCGCACACGGAAGCAAUUUGUGCGCAGACGUUCCUGGGCUAGGAGAGGAGCCUUCGGAUUGCUGCAGAGACGGUCGCCCGAGCCUGCUGCACCUUUACCGGCGGUGCGGAGAACUGCAGCGCGGCUCGGCGCGCACGGGCUCGUGGGUGCUCUAGGGCUGCGCAGCCACUGCUGUGUGGAGGACGGGGAGUGGCGGCUGAUAUGGCUGUUGGGUGUCCCAGUGCCCGCCCCGGCUUGGGGCCUCGCCCUGCCACUAUCUCCGAGGCCCACCGCCGGUGCCUCCCUGCAGGGCGGCUCCCCCCAAAACUGCCCGCAGCCAGCCCCCCAGAGCUGCACCCGCCCCCAGGACCGGCCCCUCGAGGACAGGGCCGGGACUUCCCUGGGCGGCUGCAGCCGUAAGCCGCGCGUUUUGUUAAACCCACACACUGCCAUUCAGGCCGCACUUGCCCGUUGCCAUGGACGUUUUUUGUGUUGUUGACACAAGCAGGGACACGAAAUCCCUUGACUUUGAGUUGCAGAUCGUGGGUGUUGGCGUCUCCCCUUUGUUACCGGGAAGGGUGGAAGGGGCUUCAGUCUCCAUUCUCACUUUCCUUGUCAAGGAGUUGGCUAAGCACCAGGAGUUUUCUCUUAGGCUUCUCUCAGGUCCCCUUUCCAUAAGAGGUGAAAAGUUUUCAGAGAGGUGGGCAGCUUUCUCUCUAUUCUCAAGGGACCACUUCACACACCCCUUUUCACCUCCAGAGUAGAUGGAACUGUGGAACCAUGGAACCCUGCCCGCUGUUGCUUCCGUCAUACCCUACUGGGACCAGAGCCACAAAAGCCCUAACUCUCUCCAGCCUGCAGGCAUCCCAACAAGAGUAAGCGAGGAGGCAGAGACCAGGAGGACAGCAAGAGGCUUUUACCCGCAGAGAGGGCCUGGGAACACAAUGCUGAACGUGGGUCCAACCACUGCUUCUCAAUGGGGUGGGAGAGUGGUGUGGGGAGAGCUGCGGGCAUUUAGAGCAAGACAGUGCCCCCCCCCAUGUAUGAAAUGUUCAGGGCUGCAUUGCCUCGUGAUAUCUAGCGGCCCUCCCCCACAACCUGUAUGUAUGAAAUGCAAGCAGCACCUCCCCAUCUUUGUGACAACCCAAAAUGCCACCUCCUAUGUCCAAGCACCCUCUAGAGAGUGAGAUGUUUCCUUAGGUUGAAAACCACUGUUAGAUCAUUUCUAAAAUAUGUCUCAAAAGACAUCAGUUCCUUAAAAUAUAAGUAGGUGUUACAUGAAAAAAGUAGUAUGCUAAUACCAGUAUCAUGUUAGGUUUGGGAAAUGGUGGGUUAAAAAGUGGAACAGGAUUUAUUUACAGGACCUCUUAGAACCUUUAAUAUAUAAAAAUAUAUGUUUAGCGGUUUUUGUUUUUGUUUUUUUUUUUUUUUUUUGAGAUGGAGUUUUGCUCUUAUUGCCCAGGCUGGAGUGCAAUGGCAUGAUCUCGGCUCACCGCAACUUCCACCUCCCGGGUUCAGUUAUUCUCCUGCCUCAGCCUCCCAAGUAGCUGGGAUUACAGGCAUGCACCACCAUGCCUGGCUAAUUUUGUAUUCUUUAGUAGAGAUGAGGUUUCUCCACGUUGGUCAGGCUGGUCUCGAACUCCCAAACUCAGGUGAUCCACCACUACCCCCGGGGUCAUAAAUAUAUGUUUUGAAUCACCAAGAGGGAGAUGGAGUAUGCAGAUCCCCAAAUUUAAUUGGCUCUGGAAUUCUUUCUUUGUGGGGCCCUUUUGGAUAGAACCCACCUUAGAUACCCAUGAACUACAUUUUGUUGUCCAGAGCACUCUCUGGGGACUUCUGUAUCCUCCCAGUGUGAAGUGCGGGAGUGAGCAGUCAAAAGGCCCUUAUGUUCUUACUGAAUUGAAUCACCUAGAAUGUGUGAAGAUACCAGGAAGGAGGCCAGAGCUUCAGGAAACCGCUGCAAAGAUGACCUCACAAAGAAACCAUUGUGGCGAGGCUUCUGGAGCACUCGAGGUGAUGUGACGUGUCCUGUUCCUGAGAGCGGGCCGUCCAGCUGGCGCCUUGAGUUUGCAUGGCUUGGGGAAAGGAAAAUAGCCUGAGUGUUUGGAAGAGAAGUAUGUGUGGAUGGAAUUAUUCAAAUGCUGAUGGAUGGACUGGGUCUCCUCUCCUGCUGGACUGGCAGCCUCUGUGUGGGAGGCUUUGCCCAGAAGAUGGGUCACAGCAGCUCUGGUGAGAUGCUGGAAACAUAAGCCCAGGCAGAUAUAAUGACAGCGAGUUACAGUAAACCAACAGCCAUCAGGUGCUCAGAAGGGAAGCCGAAGCCAGGGGACUCACUGUGCAGAGCAGAACGAGGAGUAGGACUCUCCUGUUCUGCAAAACACAAAGAGCAGAGUGUUUAAGCCCAAGGAUCAGCUUCCUCUAAAUGGAAGCCCAAGCCGUGCACGCUGAGCUCCAGGGCUGGGAAUACAAUCACCUGCCACAUGCGGGAGGGUGCCACCCAAACAUACCCAUUUCUCCCCGGGGCGUGGUCAGGGGCAGGGGAGACAGGGCCCUACCACCUUCUGUGUAAAACUGGGUGAGCAGCCCAGCGCCCAUCAUUCCAGAGCACCUCACCUGCACCCUCCCAGCCUUGUAAUCUGCGUUCUGCUCGCCAUGUGCUCUGUGCUAGUGAAACUGCCCUCAGAGCAGAAAUACACUGUUGGCCCUUAAGUUUUUCCAGACUAACCAGACUGGCCAAUGCUUGCAGCUCUGUGUUCAAAAUAAAAGUACCUAAGAAAGAAAAGAAAAGUGCAAGUAGGAAGUCCUCACUUCUCCGGGGCUGGUGGGCUCUGAGGAUCCUGCCUCGGCCUCUUGAACAGCUCAGAGUCACUUUAAAAAAAAAGAAAAGGCUGAGCAACCUUUCUUUGCACAUGGGUCACAGCCAAGCUUCUUAAACUUGGAUGACAGUAAACCUAUGACUAGAUAAUGAAAGCCACAAGUCUGGAGGCCCCGGCAGGGCUCUGCUGUGGAAUCUCUGGUGGCCCGUUCCAUAGGCCGGCGUCUCUUGUCUUCCCCAUAGCAGAAAUGCUUUCGUGAGUUUGAAACCCUCUGUGGUGACCUCUACAUCUUCUCAAGGUCAGGUCUCCACUUGUUCAUGGCUUCAUGCCCCCUACCCUGCAUCCCUGUCCACUGCAAGGAAGGUGGAAAUCCAACCCACCCGCCACAGCGCAGCCCACACUCACCACCCUGCCCGACAGGAACAUGACGGAAGGUUUCCAACUCAAACCAAAGUUACUCAGCAAAGCUUCCUGCCAGGCAGUCGUGCUGGAGGGCGCAGCGUGCCUCCCUCGGCCUUUUCUGUUCUAUGAAACUUCUCUGCCGUAAGCACUUGAGAGCCUCCCCACUUCCUGGGGAGAGUGGACGGAACUUCAAAGCAGGCACUGCUACAGCUUCGAAGCCCCUGGGUUGCUUCAAAGACUCUGUCUCCUCCCAGUCUGAAGCUUCUGGUGAAUGUUUCUCCCUCAUUUCUGAAACAACAGAGCUGCUGAAGUUUACAACGUCCCCCAAGGCAUUUCGGUGUUUCUGCCUUUAAUCUAGGGCCCAAAUGAGCACCCACAAGAAUGCCCCGGACCCUGACCGCCUCAGGAUGUGUCCUGCAAUUUGCAUCCCAGAGAUGCCUCCGCCUCCACUGCAGCCACCUCCUGGGCCACCCCUGCCUCCUCCCUUUCUCCAUCAUGCCAAAAAGUGCCCUGGUCCUCUGACAGUGGAAGAUGGGAUGCAACUAAGGGUCAGGAUGGUCUAUGUGAUUUUUGUACACUAUUCCAGAAUAGUAUGUGGUUGCUUUAAAAAGAAGGCUGGGCACAGUGGCUCACACCUGUAAUCCCAGCACUUUGGGAGGCUGGGGCCGGAGGAUCAUGAGAUCAGGCGUUCAAGACCAGCCUGACCAACAUGGUGAAAUCCUGGCUGUAGUAAAAAUACAAAAAGUAGCCAGGUGUGGUUAUGAAUGUAUGUAAUCCCAGCUAUUCAGGGGGGUGAGGCAGGAGAAUUGUUUGAACCUGGGAGGUGGAGUUUGCAGUGAGCCGAGAUCACUCCACUGCACUCCAGCCUGGGCAACAGAGCGAGACUCUGUCUCAAAAGUAAAUAAAAAGAAAAAAAAUGUGUCUUUCAAAUUUUUGAAGCCCUUUGAUUUCAGGAAGCCAUGGGUCGUGUUUAGCCUGUGGCUCUGUGUGCCCCCGGCUGCUGCUGCCUACUCGUGAGUGUAAGGUUGCCAACAUAAGAAGCAAGAGUAAUUUGGAUUUGUGCUUCUUAGUAAAAAACCCUUUCCCAUUACCUGCAAAACUCCAGAAGGCAGGGGAUCUCUCACUUUGAGGAUGCCUGUAAAAUAGUGGGCAUUCUCCAAUGAUUGUUGAUGGAGUCAUGUCAUUCCUUAAAGAAAAAAUAAAUCAAAGAAAGUCACUCUUGGCUCGGGAUGGUGCAUUUGCAAGUGUUUAGGCCAAACAUGUGUUGAGAAAUUGCACAUAUACUGUGUACAUGUCAUGUCAGCAGGAAUUUGUGCUACAAAACCUCUUAUUUCACCCACUAUCUUAUCAUCUGUAUCAGGCAGACUAAGGCCUGGCAAACCAUAUGAGCCUUCAGGAGAUCUGCAGACUGAAAAGGGGAUUUGAGAUAUAGAACUCCAGAGUUCUAAAACCAAAAUGAAAAGUAGAAAGAUGAUUGUCCUGUGAAGUGGCCCCAAGCCUCAGACCAUCACCAUCUGCCUCUGGCCUCACUUGGGGGCCAAUGAAGAUACUCAGCGAGGAGCCUCUUAGCUGUGGUUGUGACUUCCUGGCUGGCCAGCCCCGAAGUAGAGGAGGAAGAAGUGUUGUGGUGAGCUCUGUGACUCAGGGUGAGGCAGCCAGGACAUGAGCCCAGCGCGCCUGCCUGGGGUUGCUGUGGAGAGGUGGUCUCGGGACAGAUGAAGCUGCAGUGGGGACUACCUCCCCUGCAGAAGCAGCUUUCUUGUCCUUCCUCAUCCAACACACCCCAACUUAAAAAACCAUUAGGCAUAACUCGGAAAGCAGGUCCAUGCUGUACCUGUGUGUGUCCCUCCAGAUUUCUUUGUUCCUCGGGGGAAAGCAGCAAUAAGCAUCACGUUCCUUUUCA